ACUCUGGCGAACAGUAUUUUUGCGUUUCUUCUCGCUCCCAUGACAGCGACUGGGAAUGCUUUCGUUUUGGCAGCAAUUUGGAGAAACCCGGCGCUAAGGACUCCAUCCCAUGUGCUUCUUGCUGGAUUGGCCUUCACGGACUUUUGCACAGGACUAUUAAGUUUGCCACUUCUAGCUGCGUAUAAGUUAGCACAUUUAAGGGAAAGCAGUAUGACAUGCACACUUGUUCUGAUUUCAUUUAGUGUCAGUAUGUUUUUUGCCUGCUUGACGGUCGUUGUCAUAGUGAUGGCUGCUGCAGAAAGAUGGCUAUGCAUGAGCAGGAGGUCUCUUCUUACAGUGCGCCGAGUUACCAUUCUUUUUACCAUAAUGGUGUGCUUGAUAACUGCUUUUGUAACUGUCCGCGUUAUCAGUUUUCGGUAUCUAUCGAAGGACAUAGACAAUUUGCUGAAUGGAGGUUUUUUGACGGCAGCGGCGAUUUGUAUUCUGGUUAUGGCAGUUUCUUAUUACAAGGUGUUUGGAAUAAUUCGUCACCAUCAAAAAGGAGUUCAAGCAAAUCAAAAUUCCAUUAAUAUUGCUAAGUACAGAAAAUCUAUAUUCACCGUUCUAUAUAUACUUGCACUUUUUGUGAUCGGUUACAUCCCCUAUAUAGGUAGCGAGUUAACCUUUCACGUUUUGCAGGAAUUCGGAGACAUGUUCCUAACAUGCUCCAAUUUUACCUUAAUUUUUGUUUAUUUUUCCUCGCUAUUAAAUCCUUUGCUUUAUUGCUGGAGGAUUAAGGAGAUAAAGAUAGGUGUAAAAAAUUUAGUAGAAAAAUUACUUUGUAAACAAGCAGCAGAGAAUGAGGAAUAAUGUUAAAAUUCGUAAAUUUCGAAAAUUUCCUUGACAAGUUUUGCGUAGCAGAAUAGGUGAAAGAAAACUAUCAAAAACGAAUACUGAUGGUGUAAGUGACUUUUUAAGGACGCUUCCUAAGGAGACGGUUGUAGAUUUUAGAUUAUUUCGACUUGCAGGAAUGCUAACGAUACUAUCCGAUUUUCUUGACCAUUAACUACCCUGAAAACGAUUUUCUCCUCCGUUACAAUGUUUAUUCAUGUUGAUUUGCCUAUCUAUCGUUCUUGAAACUUGGCCCUUUAGCGUCCUUUUUGCGUCCCACGCGCGCAUAAAAGGCGACCUUCUCGUCCUUUCUUCUGCUGUACUUAGUAAUUCGAAGGAUCCUGACCUUUGCUACAUUUGUAACUUUUGAAACCAUGGGCACAAGUGGGACCGAUAUGAAAGUUUAUUCUUUUAUUUUGCUAGGUUUAGUUUUCUUUUAUUUUGAUUAGAUAAAGGUAGUCGAAAAUCUAUUGUACAGUGUACCUUUUUAAUUGCUUUGUGAUAAGUAGCGAUAAUCACGCUUAGCGUUUACGAGUAAACGCCCACCUAUUAGUUUGAGAACGUUUGAGCUAUUGACUGUUUGCGUGGAUAUAUUGACGUAGCUUUUUUUUUUGCCUUAAACGUUUUCAUCGCGAUUUGUAAUUGACUCUGUUUUUGACUCACUGUUUAUUUAGAAAUGAAAGUUAACUAAUGAAAGAGAGGUAACUGUACACCGCAAAUAGCAUAGCUAAUCUAGGCGGUGUAUAGUUUUUGUAUUACACAACAUAAAAUAAUAAAUAUGAGAAAACAUAUACACAUGCAUAUCUGCUAGAAAAUUAAUACAUAAAGAGAGGACAAGAUCAUUACAUACAAGAGAAAGAAAUUAAAUAAGAUCAAUACUUAGAAAAGAAGGCGAAUGGUUAGAUUUGUUUUUACAUGCUUUUAUCUUAUAUAUAGGAAGAUUUCGCCUCGAUUAAUAGGAAUUCGUUGUAUUAUUACUUCAGUUUACGGUCGUUUUUAGCCUUUUGCCUGACAAGAUCUCAAGAUCAGAUCAUAUUUUUGGGCCGAAAGCCUUGGAAAGGUAAUGAAGUUUGAAGUGCACGGUCUAUGUUGAGGUUCUAACAUCUUUUUUUUUAAACUCUGAUUUGAAAAAAAAAUAUAUGUCUUAAUCAGGAGCCUUCUUGUCUCAAUAUGUUCUUGGUGGCAACUUGAGGUAGAUGUGCUACAAUCUAAGAAAGAUGCUCUUUUAAAUUGGAUCGCAAAAUAAAAAGAUUUCCUCUUUCCAGGUUUAGGUUUAAACACCUUAAAGGCCACUCUUUACUGCCCCUUCCCCCACCCCUCAGCUGAAAUUGUAGCCUCAUGAGAGGACAAAAGAAAAUAAAUUUAAGGGACAUGAUUUCAAGUGACACUAAGCCCUUGAAUAAUAUGAUAAAGGACACGAAAAAUUAAAUGAAAAUAAGUAAUCAUAUUUUGACCUGAAGAUGAAAUGAAACAGUUAAGGCUUUGAUGGGAUUUAAACUCACGCCUCCCAGAUAGUUGAUGGGUGCCACUACCAACUGAGCAAUUAAGCAGCCUACUUUAAUUGGUUCUUUGUUCCUGUAAAGAAAUCAAAUCACAAUAAAUUAAAAAGGUAAUGUCUAUUUAGAUUUAUCAGAUUCUGAUGAAAAUUUGUCUAUUGGUAGUUACGAAUUGAGUCACCAAACUUUGUGAGGUUUUGUCGUGUUUAUUUUUCAUGUUGUUUCAAAGCUGAUGACUGGCAUGGAAAACCUUUUAGUUAUCUUCAAAAUCAAUUACAUGUGUUGUUUUCACCCCGUCCAAUUAUUUCACAUGUGAUUAUAUAUAUAUAUAUAUAUAUAUGUUUUCUUUCGGGUACAUUAACAAGCUACUAAAUCGAUACAAACGAACUUGUCUACCUUUUUGUCUGAAACAAUUUCAAAAAAUGUUAUUGCCGAUUCUUUGUUAAAAAAUAAAAAUAAUAAAGAAUAGAACGUAAAAGAAAACAUUUCGUCCCUUUAAGAUAAUCCUGCAAAGUCAUAAAUUGGAGAUUCCUGGACGGUGGGUAGGGUAAUUGUAUCCAACUUCGAACAACAAAACAAGCUACUCAGCUGUUGAAUGUUUUUGAUAAACGAAAUUGAUUGAUUUCGAUUGAGAAAAAGCGACUUUGGAGUUGAGGAGAAGAAGGCAUCGGUCGGGCAUCAGUAAAAUCUUGAAAGAUUGCCAAAUUGGAGAUUUUUUUUUACAUUGCAUAUAACUGUUCCUUGUGUUAAUUGAACGAAGAAGACAUCAUGAUACGUAGAUUAAAAACUGAAUACUUCCAGUGGCUCUUUUCUCAUUGGGUGUAAUCGAAACAAGAUUCAUCAAACUGCGAGAGACGACGCGUGAGCUGGGACACUCAUUAAACUCCAAAAGGGUAAUGUUGCUCUAAUGAAAAAGUUUACUCGGAAAACCAAACGCUUGUAUUACUAAUCAUCCUUCACUCAGGGAGCUUCAAAUCUACCGAGUUUGCAAACAGAAAUGCUGUCCAAUUCAUCUGACGCAUUAGAUAGGUUUUGCUCUGCUUUUACCUAUAGAAAUGUGAGCAUCUCAUUGAACUAUUGGGCAACUGUGGCAACCAGUGUUUUUGCGUGUCUUCUUGCCCCCAUGACAGUGACUGGGAAUGCUUUCGUUUUGGCAGCAAUUUGGAGAAACCCGGCGCUAAGGACUCCAUCCCAAGUGCUUCUUGCUGGAUUGGCCUUCACGGACUUUUGCACAGGACUAAUAAGUUUGCCAGUUCUUGCUGCGUUCAUGUUAGCACUGUUAAGGGAAAGCAGUCUGAGAUGCACUUUUAGUCUGAUUUCAUUUUGUGUUGGUCAUGUUUUCGCCGCCGUGACGGUCAUUGUCAUAACGAUGGCUGCUGCAGAAAGAUGGCUGUGUAUGAGCCGGAGGUCUCUUCUUACAGUACGCCGAGUUACCAUUCUUUUCAUCAUAAUGGUGUGCUUGAUAACUGCCUUUGUAACUGUUCGCGUUUUCAGUUAUCAAUAUCUAUCGAAGGACAUAGACAAUUUGCUGAAUGGAGUUUUUUUGACAGCAGCGGCGAUUUGUAUUCUGGUCAUAGCAGUUUCUUAUUACAAGGUGUUUAGAAUAAUUCGUCACCAUCAAAAAGGAGUUCAAGCAAAUCAAAAUUCCAUUGAUAUUUCAAAAUACAGAAAAUCUAUAUUCACCGUUCUAUAUAUAUUUUCACUUUUUGUGAUCAGUUACGUCCCCUAUCUAGUUUACACGUUAACUUUUUACGUUUUGCAAGAAUUCGGAGACACAUUCCUAACAUGCUCCAGUUUAACUACGGUUAUCGUUUAUUCUUCCUCGCUUUUAAAUCCUUUGCUUUAUUGCUGGAGGAUGAAGGAGAUAAAGAUGGGUGUAAAAAAUUCAAUGAGAAAACUAUUUUGUAAACAAGCAGCAGAGGAUGAGGAAUAACGCCAUAUUUUCAGUAGUAAGUUUCCCUGACAAAAAAAACAUAUACAUAUGCAUACCUGCCAGAAAAUUAAUACAUAACGAGAGGACAAGAUCAUUACACAGAGAAGAAAGAAAUUAAAUAAGAUUAAACUAAGAAAAGAAGGUGAAUAGUUACAUUUGUUUUUUCAUGCUUUUAUCUUAUAUAUAGGGAGUUUUCGCCUCGAUUAAUAGGAAUUCGUUGUAUUAUUACUUCAGUUUAGGUCGUUUUUGUCCUUUUGCCUGUUUUAGCUUCUUGUUCGUCUUAAUAUCUUGGUAGUUUUAGUAUUCUGGUUUUCAUCGACAACAAAUCUUUGUUAACCGUCACUUUGCUUCUCGUGAUUGCGACCCGAAAAAAAGUCCCAAACACCUCGGUAGCCAUACGCCUAAAGCGACGCCUCGCUUGAAUUUUCUUUCAGUCGCCGCAAGCGUAACACGGAAGUUGCAAUAUUGCAAAAAAACGGCUUGAAAGUGAGAUUGUUGAACCAUGGAAAAAUUAUUUUAAGGCACAAAUAUUUGCAUUACGUCGGUAUGUUUAAUAAUCAUUUGGUAAUAAUCGAACUGCACUGAGAUAUUUCGAACCGUUUAUUGUACGUUACUUUUACUUCACCAUCAUAUUGCCGGUGAGUUAGACAUCUGUUAAAUGAUAAAAGGAGAUAAAUUGAUGUUUUUUUAAAUAGUGUUAACCCUAUCACACCCUUGUGCUGACAGUGUAAGGUGCAGACAAGUCAACACUGCAACUGACUCUGUGCAUGGUAUCUUCAUGAUGACCCUGGACGAUCUCGAUGAUCAUUAUCUACGAGAUGCCAUAAUAAUGAUCUCAGGAUUUUCCAGAAUAGUGCUCUGUCCACCAUUUCACACACCCUCUAGAUAUCAAUUUAACCGGCAAAGUUUAUUACUAGUCUACUAACUGUUUUCUAAUUAUGCGGAAGGUUGCUUACCUGACCGUGCGAGAUCUGCCUGCAUCAGUCCACAACUUUCCUGGCGAUCUUCUGUAAAAUAUUUCCGGAAAACACAAAACGUGACACCGCAACCAUAGAUACAACCACACAACUGAAAACACCCAUCAACCAAUGAGAGCGCGCGUACUAUCUUUUGAAUAUUUAAUAAACUUUUAUAAGAGGUUACAUGUAAGCAUACUCUUCCAAUCACAAAAAGAAAAAAGGAGAGUAUAAAUGGACAGCUGUAUGUUAUUUUUUUCUUUAUUGACACAACUUAUAUCGAUUUAAAUCGAGACAAAGCCAGAUUAGAGUUUAGGAAAAAAUGUCUUGCGUGGAGUUUUUAUUGUCUUGAAACUUGGCCAAAUUGGAAACUUCUUGUCACCUUUGUUCAUGAGUGUUCUUGCAUGACAGCUCUUAAAAUAGCCGUGACUAAGACAGACCACGUGACCUUACUAGUUAUCAAACGGGAGCGCGGGAAAAAACGAUCAUUGUUCAUGUAAGAGUGCGCUGUUUACCCACAUCAUGUUACAUGUAAUUUAGAGAUCUGAUUCAAAAAUUUCCUCGGUAAAUUUGUAAUCGUCAAUAUCAUGGCGAGCUUUCGAGGCUACUUUUUACCCAAAUAAAGAGACUGGAACGAGGAUGAAGACGACUCCGAGGUGGAAAGUGAAAGUGACGACAAGUACUUAGAAUGUAAAGACAUCCUUAAUACCACAAGUAGGAAAUACCAGUUCUACCGCCCAUCGAAGACCCCAGAAAAGCUUAAAGAACUGUAUGGUCAGCUUCUGCCAAAGAGAGAAAAAUUUGGGCGUGUCAGAUUUGGUCGAAUGUUUACGUACCCUUGAUGGAUGGUUGACAUGAUAGUGAAUAAAAGAUCUAAUGGGCAGCAGGACAUUCCGUUUUACAGCAUUCGAUCUGACGACGGGGUCGAUAAACUUUGAUCUCGUUGUUUCUGACGCAGGCAUGCUGAAUCAGUAAUCAACAUGCCUUUGCAAUUUUGGACUUGAUCGAAAACAGAAAUCUCACUGCGAUGCUCAAUAAUCCGAAGAAAAACGUAGAGGAAUUCGCGCUCAGCAGUAAAGUCAACGAUGAUAUCGCCAACCAGAUUCGGAAAAGUUUGACCUCCACGGGUAAGUCUUACGAUGAUUGCUUAUAUUUCAAUGAUUGACCUCUUUUUGAUGAAAUUUUUCUAUUAGCGUGGCUUAAUUCUUAAAGCAAAACAGAUGAUAAAGCGACAAUAAAGCGCUCAAUAAGCAAAUCAAACAACAAUAGACCUCUUUCAAGUCCGUGGUAUGGUUUGUAGGGGUCUUACAAGUCUCCAACGAGAGAUAACGUUUUGCCAUUUGGUCUCAAGAUCAGGUGAUAUUUUUGGGCCAAAAACCUUGGAAAGGUAAUGAAGUUUGCAGUGCAUGGUCUAUGUCUUGAGGUUCUGGCAUCUUUUUUUAAACUCUGAUUUGAAUAAAAAAAAUAUGUCUCAGUUAGGAGCCCUCUUGUCUCAAUAUGUUCUUGGUGGCAACUUGAGGUAGAUAUGCUACAAUCUAAGAAAAAUGCUCUUUUAAAUUGGAUCGCAAAAUAAAAAGAUUUUCUCCUAUCAGGUUCAGGUGUAAACACCUUAAAGGCCACUCUUAAAGUGCCCCCUUCCCCCCACCCCUCAACUGAAAUUGUAGCCUUAUGAGAGGACAAAAGAAAAUAAAUUUGAGGGACAUGAUUUCAAGUGACACUAAGCCCUUGAAUAAUAUGAAAAAGGACAUGGAAAAUUAAAUGAAAAUAAGUGAUCAUAUUUUGACCUGAAGAUGAAAUGCAUACGAAGAAAAAUUCCUUGCAGGUGAGCUGCAAUUUAAGAAAUUUCAGAAAAGACUCUUGAAACAGUAAAGGCUUUGAUGGGAUUUAAACUCACGCCUCCCAGAUAGUUGAUGGGUGCCACUACCAACUGAGCAAUAAAGCAGCCUACUUUAAUUGGUUCUUUGUUCCUGUGAAGAAAUCAAAUCACAAUAAAUUAAAAAGGUAAUGUCUAUUUGAAUUUAUCAGAUUCUGACGAAAACUUGUCUAAAUGGUAGUUACGCAUUAAGUCACCAAACUUUGUGAGGUUUUUUCGUAUUUAUUUUUCAUAUUGUUUCCGAGUUGAUGACUGGCAUGGAAAACCUUUUUCUUUAGUUAUCUUCUCAACCAAUUACAUGUGUUGUUUUCACCCCGGUUAAUUAUUUCACAUGGAAUUAUAUAUGUGUUUCUUUCGGGUACACUAACAAGCGACUAAAUCGAUACAAACGAACUUUUGUAUCUUUUUGACUGAAACAAUUUCAAAAAUAUGUUAUUACCGAUACUUUGUUAAAAAAUAAAAAUAAUAAAGAAUAGAACGUAAAAGAAAACAUUUCGCCCCUUUAAGAUGAUCCUCCAAAGCUAUAGAUUGGAGAUUCCUGGACAGUGGAUAGAGUAAUUGUAUCCAGCUUCGAACAGCAAAACAAGCUAAACAGCUGUUGAAUAUUUUUGAUAAACGAAAUUGAUUGAUUUCGAUCGAGACAAAGCGACUUUGGAGUUAAGGAGAAAAAGGCAUCGGUCGGACAUCAGUAAAAUCUUGAAAGAUUGCCAAAUUGGAGAUUUUUCUUUUACAUUGCACAUAACUGUUCCAUGUGUUAAUUGAACAAAGAAGACAUCAUGAUACGUAGAUUAAAAACUGAACACUUCCGGUGGCUUUUUUCUCAAAGGGUGUAAUCGAAACAAGAUUCAUCAAACUGCGGGAGACGACGCGUGAGCUGGGACACUCAUUAAACUCCAAAAGGGUAAUGUUGCUCUGAUGAAAAAGUACUCGGAAAACCAAACACUUGUAUUACCAAUCAUCCUUUACUCAGGGAGCUCCAAAUCUACCGAGUUUGCAAACAGAAAUGCUGUCCAAUUCAUCUGACGCAUUAGAUAGGUUGUGUCAUGUUUAUACUUAUAGAAAUGUCAGCAUCUCAUUUCACUAUUGGGCAACUGUGGCAACCGGUGUUUUUGCGUGUCUUCUUGCCCCCAUGACAGUGACUGGGAAUGCUUUCGUUUUGGCAGCAAUUUGGAGAAACCCGGCGCUAAGGACUCCAUCCCAUGUGCUUCUUGCUGGAUUGGCCUUCACGGACUUUUGCACAGGACUAAUAAGUUUGCCAGUUCUUGCUGCGUUCAUGUUAGCACAUUUAAGGGAAAGCAGUCUGAGAUGCACUUUUAGUCUGAUUUCAUUUUGUGUUGGUCACUUUUUCGCCGCCUCGACGGUCGUUAUCAUAACGAUGGCUGCUGCAGAAAGAUGGCUUUGCAUGAGCCGGAGGUCUCUUCUUACAGUACGCCGAGUUACCAUUCUUUACAUCAUAAUGGUGUGCUUGAUAACUGCCUAUGUAACUGUCCGUGUUUUCAGUUUUCGGUAUCUAUCAAAGGACAUAGACAAUUUGCUGAAUGGAGUUUUUCUGACGGCAGCGGCGAUUUGUAUUCUGGUCAUAGCAGUUUCGUAUUACAAGGUUUUUGGAAUAAUUCGUCACCAUCAAAAAGUAGUUCAAGCAAAUCAAAAUUCCAUUGAUAUUUCAAAAUACAGAAAAUCUAUAUUCACCGUUCUGUAUAUAUUUUCAUUUUUGUGAUCAGUUACUUCCCCUAUCUGGGUAAAGCGUUGACCUUUUACGUUUUGCAAGAAUUCGGAGACACAUUCCUAACAUGCUCCAGUUUAACUACGGUUAUUAUUUAUUCUUCCUCGCUUUUAAAUCCUUUGCUUUAUUGCUGGAGGAUGAAGGAGAUAAAGAUGGGUGUAAAAAAUUCAAUGAGAAAACUAUUUUGUAAACAAGCAGCAGAGGACGAGGAAUAACGCCAUAUUUUCAGUAGUAAGUUUCCCUUGACAAAAAAAAACAUACAUACGCAUACCUGCUAGAAAAUUAAUACAUAAAGAGAGGACAAGAUCAUUACACAGAGAAGAAAGAAAUUAAAUAAGAUCAAUACUUAGAAAAGAAGGCGAAUGGUAAGAUUUGUUUUUACAUGCUUUUGUCUCAUUUAUAGGAAGUUUUUGCCUCGAUUAGUUUACGGUCGUUUUUAGCCACUUGCUUGUUUUAACAACUUGUUCGUCUUAAUAUCUUGGUAGUUUUAGUAUUCUAGUUUUUAUCGACAAUAAAUCUCUGUUAACCGUCACUCUGCUUCUCGUGAUUGCGUCCCGAAAAAUAGUCCCAAACACCUUGGUAGCCAUACUCCCAAAGUAACGCCUCACUUGAAUUUUGUUCCAGUCGCCGCAAGCGUAACACGGAAGUUUACUUUGACAAGUUUUGUUGUUAAUUUUCUUUGUCAACCUGUAUACCUAACACUUUUCCGUGGCAACUCGGCGCUUGCAUGUUGGCAAAAGUUGCAAUAUUGCAAAAAAAAACGGCUUGAAAGUGUGAUUGCUGAACCAUGGAAAAAAUUAUUUCAAGGCACAAAUAUUUGCAUAAUAUUGGUAUGUUUAAUAAUCAUUUGGUAAUUAUCGAGCUGCACUGAGAUAUCUCGAACCAUAAGGGCCUAUUUACAUGGAGGUGGGACACCAGGUAGGUGGGGUAACCCGUUUGUCCAUAUAGUUUCUUAUUUUAUUUUGAUCGCGUCUACAUGAUAGGUGGGGUGACCCGCCUAGGCAGGUUGCCCGGUCUACCAGGUAGGGUAACCCUGUCAGCCGGGGUGACAAUCUGCCAUGUUAACGUGUCAAGGUGCGGUAACCCGCCUAGCCGGGGUCGCGUUCAUCGCAAAAAGCUCAAAAGCGAAACAUGUAUGUUUUAAAACUUUAUACAUUUCCUAGCUGUCUCAUGGUAGAAAUCACCAGAAACCGCAACGGACACACAAGGAAACUUGAGUUAAAGACUAUUUUAAUUGGUGUCACAAUACUAAUUGUUCUUUAUUUAAUUACUUAAUCGUUUUAGGUAAGCUGUAAAAAAAGAAAAUGUUCACAUUUCGGAAUAUUAAGCGUCGUAAAUCGACCAUAUUUGGUUACCCAAACUAUUCCGUAUAACGUAUUAAGUCAACGGUUUCUCGCGAAACCAAACAUUGCGUAACACAACGCGUGACGCUUUCAUAAAUAAAUACAUAUGUGUCCGAGAAUUAAUCUUUCGUCUUUUUCGAGAUGUGAGCUCGGGACGCCUCUGCUCAAACUCCUUAAUUGCAAGCGCAACAACAACCUCAAGAAACCUCACCCCAGCACCUCGGAGUUGUAAGAUUGCAUGUAAAUGCGUUCUAUUUUUCGACCGCGGCUAGGCGGGUUACCUUACCUAUCUGGGGUCCCCCACCUCCAUGUUAACAGACCCUUAUUGUACGUUACUUUUAUUUCACCAUUAUAUUGCCUUAAAAUUGCCAUUGAGUUAAACAUCUGUUAAAUGAUAAAAGGAAAUAAAUUGAUGCUUUUUAAAUAGUGUUAAAUCAGUGAGUGUAUUACUAUUAUUGCCAGCCGAAAUGCUUUUCGUUCCCUAAAGUAGUCCUAUGAAUUUGAUAGGAAUGUCUCUUUCGUGCAGCUUGAUUAAGCCUCGCAGAAUUCACACAGUUGUCGUUGUUGUCUUCAGCAUCACCUAAUCAGUUAUCGGUAAGAAGACGAGUAGCUAGGGAAAAGAAACAACCCUGCCACACCCUUGUACUGAUAAUGAAAGGUGCAGACAAGUCAACUUUGCAACUGACUCUGUGCGUGGUAUCUUAAUAAUGACCCUGGAUGAUCUCGAUGAUCAUUAUCUGCGAGAUGCCAUAAUACUGAUCUCAGGAUUUUCUAGAGUAUUUCUUUGUCUACCAUUUCACACACCCUCUAGGCAAAGUUUAUUACUAGUCUACCGACUGCUUCCUAAUUAUGCGGAAGGUUGCUAACUUGAUCUUGCGCGAUCUGCCUGCAUCCAUCCACAACUUUCUUGGUCCUCUUCAGCAAGUCCAUGGUGCGUACUUCGCUUAGCAGAGUAAGGUCAAUAAGGAGCUGAAUUCUCCUCCAAUUAAUAGUAUACAAUGAUGUUUUCACAUCUUUGAGGCGCAAAAGAGUUCAAAGCCUGGCUAAACAGUUCAAGGAAUUGUUCAAUCUGUGUCAGAAUCACUUUCGUUGAAAUGGAAUUGUCGUUUGCGAGGUUUAACCAUGUUUGUUUUGAGGAAAGUGUUAAGCCAGGUCGGCUCGUAAUUUUCGAUUUUCUUGUCAAUUCCCUUCUCUAAACACUACUUUUUCCAAACCGUCAACCAAAAAGCAGUGCUUUUUACAAUGUUUUCGUUGUUAGAACUGUCUUUCAGCUGUUUGAAUAGUUUGAUUUCUCACGGACUCACGGUGGUUUUUAACUUUGCUAGGAAUAUGGCUGUUGUGAAUACAGUCAAUUACAUGUGUUGCUUUUACAUCGUCCAAUUAUUUUACAUGGGAUUAUAUACUUAAAAGCAACUAAAUCGAUAUAAACCAACUUGUGCACCUUUUUGACUGAAAUAAUUUCAAAAUACUUCAUUACCGAUACUUUGUUAAAAAUUAAAAUAGUAAAGAAACAAUUUAGCCCCUUUAAGAUGAUCCUACAAAGCCAUAAAUUGGAGAUUCCAGGACGGUGGGUAGAGUAAUUGUAUUCUUCCAACAGCUGUGUAACUGUGUGGAGUACUUGUAUCUAGCUUCGAACAGCAAAACAAGCUAAACAGCUGUUGAAUGUUUUUGAUAUACGAAAUUGAUUGAUUCUGAUCGAGACAAAGCGACUUUGGAGGUAAGGAGUAAAAGGCAUCGGUCGGGCAUCACUAAAAUCUCGAAAGAUUGCCAAAUUGGAGUGUUUUUUUUUUCUACAUUACAUAUAACUGUUCCUUGUUUUAAUUGAACAAAGAGGACAUCAUGAUACGUAGAUUAAAAACUGAAUACUUCCAGUGGUUAUUUUUCAAUAGAUGUAAUCGAAACAAGAUUCAUCAACUGAAUUGCGAGAGACGACGCGUGGGUUAGGACACUCAUUAAACUCCACAAGGGUCAUGUUGCUCUAAUAAAAGUUUAACCUAAAAUUAACGCUUGUAUUACCAAUAAUCCUUCAUUCAGGGAGCUUCGAAUCACUCGAGUUUGCAAACAGAAAUGCUGUCCAAUUCAUCUGAUGCAUUAGAUAGGUUUUGCUAUGUUUUUACCUAUAGAAAUGUAAGCAUCUCAUUUAACUAUUGGACAACUGUGGCAACAAGUGUUUUUUCGUUUCUUCUCGCUCCCAUGACAGUGACAGGGAACGCUUUCGUUUUGGCAGCAAUUUGGAGAAACCCGGCGCUAAGGACUCCAUCCUAUGUGCUUCUGGCUGGAUUGGCCUUCCCGAAUUUUUGCACAGGACUAAUAAGUUUGCCACUUGCAGCUGUGUCCAACUUAGCACUGUUAAGGGAAAGCAGUAUGACAUGCACUCUUGUUCUGAUUUCAUAUUGUGUAAGUCAGUUUUGCGCCUACUUGACGGUCGUUGUCAUAGCGGUGGCUGCUGCAGAAAGAUGGCUUUGCAUGAGCCGGAGGUCUCUUCUUACAGUACGCCGAGUUACCAUUCUUUACAUCAUGGUGGUAUCCUUGAUAACCGCCUUUGUAACUGUCCGCGUUUUCAGUUUUCUGUAUCUAUCGAAGGACAUAGACAAUUUGCUGAAUGGAGCUUUUUUGACAGCAGCAGCGAUUUGUAUUCUGGUUAUGGUAGUUUCUUAUUACAAGGUGUUUAGAAUAAUUCGUCACCAUCAAAAAGGAGUUCAAGCAAAUCAAAGUUCCAUUAAUAUUUCAAAAUACAAAAAAUCUAUAUUCACCGUUCUAUAUAUACUUGCACUUUUUGUGAUCAGUUACAUCCCCUAUCUGGGUAACGCGUUAACCUUUUACGUUUUGCAAGAAUUCGGAGACAUGUUCCUAACAUGCGUCAAGUUUACUUCGAUUAUAAUUUAUGUUUCCUCGCUUUUAAAUCCUUUGCUUUAUUGCUGGAGGAUUAAGGAGAUAAAGAUGGGUGUAAAAAGCUUAGUGAGAAAAUUAUUUUGUAAACAAGCAGCAGAGGAUGAGGAAUAACGUCAUAUUUUCACUAGUAAGUUUCCCUUGACAAGUUUUGCGUAGCAGAAUAGGUGAAAGAAAACUAUCAAAAACGAAUACUGAUGGUGUUUGUUUUUUAAGGACGCUUCUUAAGGAGACGGUUAUAGAUUUUAGAUUAUUUCGACUUGCAGGAAUGCUAAGGAUACUAGCCGAUUUUCUUGACUAUUAACUACCCUGAAAACGUUUUUCUACUCAGUUACAAUGUUUAUUCAUGUUGAUUUGCCCAUCUAUCGUUCUUGAAACCUGACCCUUUAGCGUCCUUUUUGCGUCCCAAGCGCGCAUAAAAGGCGAACUUAUCGUCCUUUCUUCAGUUGUAUUAAGUGAUUCGAAGGAUCCUGACGUUUGCUACAGUUGUAACUUUUGAAACCUUUGGCGCAAGUGGGCCCCAUAUGGAAGUUUAUUCUUUUAUUUCGCUUAUGUCCAGUUUUCCUUUACUUUGAUUAGAUAAAGGUACUCGAAAAUCUAUUGUACAGUGUACCUUCUUGACGUUGCUUUUUUUUUUUGCCUUUUAGUUUUUUGUUGCGAUUUGAGUUGUAAUUGACCCUGUUUUUGGCACACUGUUUAUUACAUAAUGAAAGUUAACUAAUGAAAGAGAGGUAACUGUACACCGCAAAUAUCAUAGCUAACCUAGGCGGUGUAGAGUUUUUGUAUUACACAACAAAAAAGAAUAAAUAUGAGGAAACAUAUAUCUGCUAGAAAAUUAAUACAUAAAGAGAGGACAAGAUCAUUAUAUACAAGAGAAAGAAAUUAAAUAAGAUCAAUACUUAGAAAAGAAGGCGAAUGGUUAGAUUUGUUUUUACAUGUUUUGAUCUUAUAUUUAGGAAGUUUCCGCCUCCAUUAGUAGGAAUUUGUUUUAUUAUUACUUUAGUUUACGGUCGUUUUUAGCCACUUGCUUGUAUUAGCAACUUGUUCGUCUUAAUAUCUUAGUAGUUUUAGUAUUCUUGUUUUUAUCGACAAUAAAUCUUUGUUAACCUUCACUUUGGUGCUAGUGAUUGCGACCCGUACAGAAGUCCCAAACACCUUGGUAGCCAUGUGCCCAAAGCGACGCCUCGCUUGAAUUUUGUUUCAGUCGCCGCAAGCGUAACACGGAAGUUUACUUUAACAAGUUUUGUUGUUAAUUUUCUUUGUCAACCUGUAUACCUAACACUUUCUCCGUGGCAACUCGGCGCUUGCAUGUUGGCAAAAGUUGCAACAUUGGUAUGUUUAAUAAUCAUUUGGUAAUUAUCGAGCUACACUGAGAUAUUUCGAACCGUUUAUUGUACUUUACUUUUACUUCACCAUCAUAUUGCCAGUGAGUUAGACAUCCGAUGAAUGAUAAAAGGAUAUAAAUUGAUGUUUUCAAACUAAUUAGUGUUAAAUCAGUAAGUGUAUUGCGAUUAUUGCCAGUUGAAAUGCUUCUCGUUCCCUAAAGCAGUCCUAUGAAUUUGAUAGGAAUGUCUCUUUCGCGCAGCUUGAUUAAGCCUGGCAGGAUUCAAAAAAUUGUUAUUGUUGUCUUCACCUUCAGCAUCACCUAAUCAAUUACCGGUAAGAAGGUGAGUAACGAGGGAAAAGAAACAACCCAAACUCUGUCAAAUGGCUCACAUCAAUUGAGUCUCAACAUCCAAACAGUGGAAUCCUUCUUGUCGGCGAUUUAAACCACCUAAACGAAACGACUCUUAAAUCUAAUUUCAAUCUGAAACAAAUUACUAUCAAAUCAAAUCAAUACAAUCAAUACAAUCAAUACAAAUCAAACAACAAUAGACCUCUUUCAAGUCCGAGGUAUGGUUUUUAGGGAUCUUAAAAGUCUCCAACGAGAGAUAACGUUUUGCCAUUUGGUCUCCAGAUCAGGUGAUAUUUUUGGGGCCAAAAGCCUUGGAAAGGUAAUGAAGUUUGCAUUGCAUGGUCUAUGUCUUGAGGUUCUGGCAUUUUUUUCUUUUUAACUCUGAUUUGAAAAAAAAAAUGUCUCAAUCAGGAGCCCUCUUGUCUCAAUAUGUUCUUGGUGGCAACUUGAGGUAGAUAUGCUACAAUCUAAGAAAGAUGCUCUUUUAAAUUGGAUCGCAAAAUAAAAAGAUUUUCUCUUUCCAGGUUCAGGUUUAAACACCUUAAAGGCCACUCUAAAGUGCCCCCUUCCCUCCACCCCUCAGCUGAAAUUGUAGCCUCAUGAGAGGACAAAAGAAAAUAAAUUUGAGGGACAUGAUUUCAAGUGACACUAGACCCUUGAAUAAUAUUAAAAAGGGCAUGAAAAAUUAAAUGAAAAUAAGUAAUCAUAUUUUGACCUGAAGAUGAAAUACAUACAAAGAAAAAUUCCUUGCGGGUGAGCUGCAAUUUACGAAAUUUCAGAAAAGACUCUUGAAACAGUUGAGGCUUUGAUGGGAUUUAAACCCACGCCUCCCAGAUAGUUGAUGGGUGCCACUACCAACUGAGCAAUAUGAAGCAGCCUACUUUAAUUGGUUCUUUGUUCCUGUAAAGGAAUCAAAUCUCAUAAAAAUUAAAAAGGUAAUGUCUAUUUGGAUUUAUCAGAUUUUGAUGAAAAUUUGUCUAAAUGGUAGUUAUGCAUCAAGUCAUCAAACUUUGUGAAGUUUUUUCGUGUUUAUUUUUCAUGUUGUUUCCAAGCUGAUGACUAGCAUGGAAAACCAGUUAUCUUCUCAAUCAAUUACAUGUGUUGUUUUUACCCCGUCCAAUUAUUUCACAUGGAAUUAUAUAUAUGUUUCUUUCGGGUACACUAACAAGCGACUAAAUGGAUACAAACGAACUUGUGUACUUUUUUGUCUGAAACAAUUUCAAAAUAUCUUUUUACCGAUAAUUUGUUAAAAAAUAAAAAAUUAUAAAGAAUAGAACAUCAAAGAAAACAUUUCGCCCCUUUAAGAUGACCCUGCAAAGCCAUAAACUGGAGAUUCCAGGACGGUGGGUAGAGUAAUUGUAUCCAGCUUCGAACAGGUAAACAAGGUAAACAGCUGUUAAAUGUUUUUGAUAUACGAAAUUCAUUGAUUUUGAUCGAGACAAAGCGACUUUGGAGGUAGGGAGAAAAAGGCAUCGGUCGGGCAUCACUAAAAUCUUGAAAGAUUGUUAAAUUGGAGAUUUUUUUUUUUUUACAUUGCAUGUAACUGUUCCUGGUUUUAAUUGAACAAAGAGGACAUCAUGAUACGUAGAUUAAAAACUGAAUACUUUCAGUGGUUAUUUUUCAAUAGAUGCAAUCGUAACAAGAUUCAUCAAACUGCGAGAGACGACGCGUGAGCUGGGACACUCAUUAAACUCCAAAAGGGUAAUGUUUCUCUAAUGAAAAAGUUUACUCGGAAAACCAAACACUUGUAUUACCAAUCAUCCUUCACUCUGGGAGCUUCAAAUCCGAGUUUGCAAACAGAAAUGCUGUCCAAUUCAUCUGACGUAUUAGAUAGUUUGUGUUAUGUUUAUACUUAUAGAAAUGUGAGCAUCUCAUUUAACUAUUGGGCAACUCUGGCGAACAGUGUUUUUGCGUUUCUUCUCGCUCCCAUGACAGUGACAGGGAAUGCUUUCGUUUUGGCAGCAAUUUGGAGAAACCCGACGCUAAGGACUCCAUCCCAUGUGCUUCUUGCUGGAUUGGCCUUCACGGACUUUUGCACAGGACUAAUACCUUUGCCACUUAUAGCUGCGUAUAAGUUAGCACAUUUAAGGAAAAGCAGUAUGACAUGCACUCUUGUUCUGAUUUCAUAUUGUGUAAGUCAGUUUUGCGCCUACUUGACGGUCGUUGUCAUAGCGAUGGCUACUGCAGAAAGAUGGCUUUGCAUGAGCCGGACGUCUCUUCUUACAGUGCGCCGAGUUACCAUUCUUUUUACCAUAAUGGUGUGCUUGAUAACUGCUUUUGUAACUGUCCGCGUUAUCAGUUUUCGGCAUCUAUCGAAGGACAUAGACAAUUUGCUAAAUGGAGCUUUUUUGACGGCGGCGGCGAUUUGUAUUCUGGUCAUAGCAGUUUCGUAUUACAAGGUGUUUGGAAUAAUUCGUCACCAUCAAAAAGGAGUUCAAGCAAAUCAAAAUUCCAUUGAUAUUUCAAAAUAUAGAAAAUCUAUAUUCACCGUUCUAUAUAUACUUGCACUUUUUGUGAUCACUUACCUCCCCUAUCUGGGCAACGAGUUAACCUCUCACGUUUUGCAAGAAUUCGGAGACUUGUUCCUAACACGCAAUAAUUUUACUACGAUUAUAAUUUAUGUUUCCUCGCUUUUAAAUCCUUUGCUUUAUUACUGGAGGAUUAAGGAGAUUAAGAUAGGUGUAAAACAUUUAGUCAAAAAAUUACUUUGUAAACAAGCAGUAGAGGAUGAGGAAUAA